AUGCUCAAAAUGAAAGGUGCUAGCAACCAGGAUUUCAGGGCCAAAACUCAGCUCCCACAACUACAAACAAGUCUUGAGAAUGAACCGAAACCGUUGGAGGUUUACAAUAGCAUGUUCCGUCAACAGUCUGGAAAUCUGUUCAUCACGAUUACUGAAUACCACAAACGCAUGGAGGAUGAGCUAGACAUGAAACCAGGCGACAAAAUCGAGGUCAUAACCGAUGAUGAAGAGUAUAAUGAUGGCUGGUAUUACGGUCGUAAUUUGAGAACACGAGAAGAAGGAUUGUACCCAAAAGUUUUCACACAAGAAAUAUCAACACCGUCACUAGUAAGGGCCAAAUCUGCGCGCCGCGUGGCUAGUCCACUCGCAAAUGGUUCUCUCACAGACUUGUCGACUAUGUCCAACGAAGGAUCUGUCAGCGAACUACCCACGCCACAACCGCUAGAAACGGCAGCGCCGGUCAAGCUCAAUCUGGAUCGUACAGCGUCUGUAAAAGUGACUAUGAACGACAUCGACAAGGCUCUGGAAGCAUUUCGUGGUGAAUCGCUUUCGUCUUCUUCUGGAAAUUUGCAAUCUGGCGGCACCAAAGAUGAUGAACGCAAAAUUCAAGUCGAUACACCCAACAACUCUUUUGCUACUGACACUGAUACGGAUCUUUCCAGACAACAGAUCAUGAGAAAUUCAAACUCGGUGCAUUCCCUAACAAACGAUACCUCAUUCGGUUCCGCAUCUAUGAACGGCAUCGACCCCAAGAAUUUGGCCCCCAUCGAUGCUCAAAACUGGUCUCCUGAGCAGGUCACCGCGUAUUUCAUAGGGUCGGGUUUUGAUAUCGAGUCUGCGAGCAGAUUCCAGCAACACAAGAUAUCGGGGCCCAUUCUAUUGGAACUGGAACUUGCACAUUUAAAGGAGCUCGAUAUUAGCUCGUUUGGCAUACGGUUUGAGAUAUUCAAGGAAAUCGAGGCCAUCAAAGAUGUCAUCAGUACGCGCGGCCCAGCUCGCUUACCAAGCCAAUUGAUGCCAGCAGCUGCAGUCAAUCAGAGAUCAUACAUGGGGCACACUCGCAAAGUAUCUCAAUCUCUAGACGAUCUACCUUCAAAAUCGCCUGUCAUGACUUCCUCCGCAAAUCGCAGUCGCGUGAGCAGUCGGCAUCGUCCUUAUUCAUUGGCGCUUAAUGGUCGCGAAUCGAAUGCUGACGCGGCUGACUCCAUUAUUGCUGCGUUGAGUGCUCAAGGAGAUGAUUUGAACGUCGCCAAACCCGCCCAGCCGCAAAUUGACGACACCAAUUUCCUUUCGCCUCGCAGGGCGCCAAAACCACCUUCAUAUCCCAGUCCAGUACAGCCCGUCAGAUCGCCUACGGGGCAAUCUUUUACACCCAGCCCUUCUAAUCUGGAGUUCCCACAAAGUCUACGCAACGGCCCUCCUACCAUAUUUGAGCGCGCACCCUACAUCGAAAGUCGUUCAAACAAUAGUGCCGACUUGCAACAACCUAGCUUUCAAUUCCCCAAGGCUGCCCCUCCGCAACUGAAUUUGGAAAGCCCACAUCAAGUAAGCCACGAAGAAGAACGAAGCAAUGAUGUCUUGGCAGCUGAAAACUAUGCGGGAAAUAGAAACUCUGUCAUUUACUCAGGUCAACAUGGACACAGGCCAGCAAAAUCGGGCAGUUCUUUCGUGGAACUUUUUAACAGGAUUUCAACAAUGUCACCCGGUACUGCUCGAGGCACACAAAGUGAAGUGGAAGGUCUCAAUGUUGAACACAACCAAUUGCAAAGGCCAACAUCAAGCAUAUAUGAUCGGUCAAGAGUAGCUUCACCAAGCCACAUUAAACAUCCCUCGCAAGCUACAGCUGAGAUCAAAAAACAUAGAAGAAACUCUUCCAUUCUUUCGUUCUUCUCCAACAAAGGCGAUGAUAACGGUAAAAGCUCGCCAACAAAGAAAACAAGAUCAAGACAGACUUCUUUUUCACACAGCAGGAAAAAUUCCGCCAUAGGUUUUAAUGCGGGCAGAUCUUAUUCACCUGAAAAAGGUUCGCGGUCGCCUACCAAGAGACACUCUAUCGUCGUGUCUCCAAUCGCUGCUCCUGUUUCACCCGUCAAUGAAUCUGGUUUUGAUGACGAGAAACGUAGAUCUGUCAGCGCGAAAGAACCUAAUGGAACACCAGGUGCAAGAGAUUCGGAUUUAUUUUUCGAUGCUAAGGAGGAGCUGCAAGAAGAACAGAGGAACAAGAGAUCUGUUAGCGAAGCUGUCAAAUCAAAACCUGGUCGUGCUAAGACGAGCAAGAGCGCGUUGAGCAAAACAAAAACUUCAGCAUUUGUGGAGGGGAUUCGAACGAUUAGCGUCAUGGACGCAAUGACACAGUCAGACUGCUCUGGCUGGAUGAGCAAAAAAGGCUCAGGUGCAAUGGGGGUAUGGAGAAACCGUUUCUUUACUCUUCACGGUACGAGACUUUCCUACUUCGCAAGCACCACUGACACGAGGGAGAGAGGGUUAAUUGAUAUCACUGCGCACAGAGUCUUGCCAGCCAAAGAGGAUGAUAAACUUGUUGCGCUUUACGCAGCUAGCACGGGUAAGGGGCGCUAUUGUUUUAAGCUUUUACCACCUCAACCUGGCUCUAAAAAAGGCCUGACAUUCACCCAACCCCGUGUCCAUUAUUUCGCUGUUGACACUAAAGAAGAAAUGAGAGCUUGGAUGGCAGCGCUAAUAAAAGCAACUAUCGACAUAGAUACCAGCGUCCCAAUUAUUAGCUCUUGUGCAACUCCAACCGUGUCGUUGAAUAAAGCGCAGGAAAUGUUAUCGCAGGCGAGAGAGGAGACUCGACAACGGGAGGAACAAAGAUUUUUGAACGAAGAAGAUGAGGAUCAGCUGCUUUGGGAACAACAACAACAGCAGCGGACUGAAUCAAGCAUUCAGGAUGGUUCAAAAGGCACACCAACUCCCAAUUCGUCCCUACAGGCGAACUCCAACAAUGGUUCAGGAUUCCACAGCCCCUUUCUCUUGGCAUCAGGGGUGCUGUCUCCUGGAACACCUCAAAAUAAUGGCCGCUUCCAAGAUCAACCCAACAGUGACUACUUUUUGCUUGGCUCGAAAUAUACCAGCAACAAAAUAUAA